AUGACGCGAUGCGCCCUCGGCGGGUCCAAGGGACCAAGUUGUCGACUGCGUGGCUGGGUGCCAGCGUCUCUCUUCUCGCCGGUCCCGAGCAGUCAGCCCACACAGCCGAACAGCUCGGAUGAGAAGAAGGAGAAACCUCCGGUGGUUUGUAAAAUUAAAGAGCCCAAGCGAGCGCACAAGACGAAAGGGUGCACCGAAGCGACGCAGGGCUCGGUCAACCACCCGCCCGACAAGACGGACGAGUCGGACAAGACGCAGCGCGCCUCCUCCCCAAUUAACCUCGCCAACUACGAGGUCAUCUACAACGCGAUAGAGCCCAUAAAGAAUCUCGUCCAACGCGAGCUGACGGAUAUUGAAGAGGCGAACCCCGAAUACGUGACGCUGACCGCGUUGAUGGUUGACGAGAAAUGGCCGGCGUAUUGUGUGAAGCCCGGCAACAACAACGACAGCAAGGACGCCGUCCGGUCGGCGCGGAAGACCAAA